AUGGGUCUGAUAUUACGGCAUCAACAUUUCGGUAUCUACGAUCUAGUUAUCUCCAGUGUCCGUUUGGAGGACGAAGCUAGCUUCAUAUGUCAGGCUAAUGUAAAACUAUAUCGCGAAGCACGAACUCCGAUUAUUGAAACCUUGACAAGUCUACCUGUGUAUUUAGGCGUUAUUGUACCUCCAAAAGGUCUGGUUAUGCGGAAAACCGUAUUCAAACCACAGUUUUCUCAGACAUCCUAUGAUCAAGAGGUUCCGAGUCGUGUCGCCAUUGCUUGGAACAAUUCCACACAUAAUCAAAUCCUUCCAGCUCACCUAAAGGGAACAUUGCUUGGUGAAAUACCCUCAGCAUCUAACAGAACCGUUGCAGAUGACCCAGCCAUGAUCGAUAGCAAUCGCCCGAAUCAUUCCUCCACCGGUUCGUUAGAUUCCCGUAAACAUCCGGGUGACAAAUCGGAGAUUCCUAUCGUUUGGGUCAAAGAAAAAGAUCAGUUAACUGUUGAAUGCCAAAGCAGUCCUUCAAAACCUGUUAGCCAAAUUGUUUGGAUGUUGGCAGGUGCUUACCUUCAACGGACUAACAUGUCAGACGUAACUGGACAGGACCCGAACCUCUCACCUUCAGCCAUGCUUUGGCAGGGAUCAAUGCUUGGCGAUAGUAUUUUUGUUAGUCGUUUUCCACCUAAACUUGGUGAACGGUAUGAGAUUGAGGAAAGACAACUGAGUGUACCUCGGGAACAAGCAGUUUAUGAUUAUUUGCAACUUACUGAAAACAACAAUCAGACCGAAGAUGUAAUGAAGGUUGCUGUGAGCAUUUUGCGGUUGAUAGUGCAGAAACAUCAUCAACGGCAACUGCUACAGUGCCAAAUUGCCAAUACAAAUGAUUUCAUGGUUCAAGAAUUACCAACGGUUUCCGCUAUAAUUGAGCCGCUAUAUGUGGACAAAAUUCGCAUUGAACCGGUCGGGGAGGUGGACAGCGCUGAAAUGCGGGAAGGAGUCAAUGUAGAAUAUCACUGUACAGCAAAUACAAAUCCACCAAACGCAUUUUAUCGCUGGAUGUUAAUUCGAGAAGACUCUGCACUUCUGCCUAGGGGAGACAAUGUUACAUACCACUCGGAGCCCAGGGAUAUCAUUCGCUCAACACCGGUUAAUUCUGCUUCGUCUGAUCCGAGCACAGUUCGUUUACGGCUUCAACGCGAUAUGCACCGCGGGAGAAUUGUCUGCUGGGUUGGUGUUCGCUUCCCCGACUCAUUUAGUACACAAAAGUUUGCGGGUUCGACAAUUGUGCGUCCAUCGGAAAUGGAUGAACAAAUGACAUGGCGCAAAGCAGAAAGAGAAAUGAACAUACUAUGAGAAAAGGAGCAUUAUUUCAACAGCGAACAGUGA